GCGCGGGCGAGCGCGGCGAGCACUGCGAGCGUGGAGUCCUGCGCGCCGGGCCGGAGCCGCGGCGGGGCAGGGCGCGUCCGCGCAGGCUUCCUUUGCUUCAGGCUCUACUUCCUGAGCAACAGUAAAAGAUAAAAGCCUCACAGACAUGCUACCAUUGCCGAAUGCCUGGGACCUUUAAGAAACCUGGUGGUCUGAGAGGGAUUCUGAGCAGCUGCAGGAUGUCAGCUGGAACCAGAGAGCUAACUGCCCCAGAUUCUCCGUAAUUCUCAAUGUGCCAUUCUGCCUUUCAAGAUGCCUUCGUAUGUGCAAUAAACUCAGCCCAUCAGCUCUUUAGGCUGCAGCAGCGGGCAGACUGGAGGAAGGAUCACUGGCAUCUCGGUUUGAAGAUUGCCCUUAAGGAGGGAGAGUCUCUGACUGCCAUUUGAAAUGCUGAGGAAUUUAUUACGAAGGAGACUUUUUUCUUAUCCCACUAAAUACUAUUUUGUGAUUCUCGUUUUAUCCCUAGUUACAUUCACUGUCUUGAGAAUUUGUAAGCCUGAAUUUGUAAGCCUCAGACACUUGGAACUUGUCGGAGAGAAUCCCAGUAGUAAUAUUAAUUGCACCAAAAUUUUGCAGAGUGAUGCAGACGAAAUCCAGAAAGCAAAGCUUGAAAUGUUGACAGCAAACUUUAGAAAACGCCCUCGAUGGACGCCGUCUGACUACGUCAACAUGACCAGGGACUGCACCUCCUUCAUCAAGAUGCGCAAAUACAUCACGGAACCCCUUAGCAAAGAGGAGGCAGGCUUCCCGAUUGCGUACUCCAUAGUGGUCCAUCACAAAAUCGAGAUGCUUGACAGGCUUCUAAGGGCCAUUUAUAUGCCUCAGAAUUUCUAUUGCAUCCAUGUGGACAGAAAAUCAAAGGACUCCUUCAUAGCCGCGGUGAAAGGCAUCGCGUCCUGUUUCAGGAAUGUCUUUGUGGCCAGUCAGCUGGAGAGCGUGGUCUACGCAUCGUGGAGCCGGGUGCAGGCUGACCUGAACUGCAUGAAGGACCUCUACAGAAUGAGCGCGGACUGGAAGUACCUGAUCAACCUUUGUGGGAUGGAUUUUCCCAUUAAAACCAACCUGGAAAUUGUCAGGAAGCUCAAGUCGUUCAUGGGUGAAAACAGUCUGGAGACGGAGAAGAUGCCAUCCCACAAAGCAGAAAGGUGGAAGAGGCACUAUGCAGUUGUCGACGGGAAGCUGACAGACACGGGGACCCCCAAAACGCAGCCUCCGCUCAAAACACCUCUUUUCUCAGGGAGCGCCUACUUUGUGGUCAGCAGGGAGUAUGUGGGCUAUGUGCUGGAAAAUGAAGACAUCCGGAAGUUCAUGGAGUGGGCACAAGACACGUACAGCCCUGAUGAGUAUCUCUGGGCCACGAUCCAAAGGAUCCCUGAGGCCCCAGGCUCCCUGCCCCUGAACCACAAGUACGACCUAUCUGACAUGCAGGCCGUGGCCAGGUUCGUCAAGUGGCAGUACCUUGAAGGGGACCUGAACAAGGGCGCGCCCUAUCCCCCGUGUGAUGGGGUCCAUGUACGCAGCGUGUGCAUUUUUGGAGCUGGGGACUUGACGUGGAUGCUGCGCAAACACCACUUUUUUGCCAACAAGUUUGACAUGGACGUCGACCUCUUUGCCAUCCAGUGUCUGGAUGAGCAUCUGCGGCAUAAAGCCCUGGAGAUGAUAGAACACUGACCACUGCAGCAGUCUGUAGAACAGCAGAGGGGCGCAACCUGUGCCCCUGCCUGCCUCCUGUGUCCAGCAAUAAACACAGAGCUGGCGGGUCCUCCCUGGGUGAGGACCUGAUGCUCUCUGAUCUCUGCAGAGCACAGUUGGUUAGAGAGGGACCACAAUAUGUGUUUAUCCGCGGUCAGCAGUUAAGAUGACCAGGAACCCAGGGAGGUAGCAAGGUAUCGGGGACAGAGGGGACGGUGGCUGGAAAAGAGGACCAUGCGGAAAUCAGCCUCAGGGACCAUUAAAAUGCUCAGGGAUUUAACACAGAACAUUUGACUCGUGCCAAAAUUAUUUUAGGAAUUUUUAAAAUGACAGUUUUCAUGAUCUAAAUAAAUUUAUAGCAACAAACCAUAAGGGUGAAAUCUAUCUCAUAUAUUUGAUUUUACUCCAAAUGAUUCUUGUAAACACUUGUGCUGUGUCACUGUGGUGUGUAGUGUGUCUGUGUGUAUCAUCUCAGGGAAUUAAAGUAGUGUUAUUUAACAUA